AUGGCGCCAGGAGGUUUCACUCACGUUCUGGUGGCGAUCGACAAGUUCACCAAGUGGAUCGAGUACAAGCCAAUAGCUAAGCUCACUCCAGACAGGGUCGUCGACUUCAUCUCUGACAUCCUGCACUGCUUUGGUUUCCCCAACACCAUCAUCACAUAUCUGGGCUCCAACUUCACCGCCACCCAGUUCUGGGAGUUCUACGAGAAUUCAUGCAUCGAAGUCAAGUAUGUUUCCGUUGGUCAAGUCGAAAGAGCGAACGGCUUGAUCAUCGACGGUUUGAAGAAGCGCCUCUACGACGAGCAUAGCAAGAAGGGGGGGAAGUAG